AAAUUUGGAAUAAAUAAACUUUAACUGUUUAUAAGAUGUGGGAACUCUCCCCGUAAAAUCAACCUGCAGCAACAUAAAAAUCAUUAUUAGCUACCAACUUUUCCCCUUAAUCAUGAAAAAGGGAAAACUAAGAUUGAUUUAUCAAAGUGCAUAAAUAUAAGAGCUAGGCUAACCUAUCAAUAUUUGCUAACGAAAAGACAUAGUUUGAACAUUGGGUAAGAUAAUCAUGUAUUUUAAAUGUAAAUUAUCAAGCUGUAAAAAGAAAUUUCAAACUGAACUUCACAGAAUAUAUCAUGAGGAAGAUGAUCAUGAGAUAAUUAAGCCAAAGAAAUGUAAAAUUUGCAAAAAACAAUUUGAACGAAAAUCUACCUUCAUACGCCACCAGCAACUGGAACAUGAAACUAACCAUCUGGUGGAGUUUUUGGAAGAACGCUAUCGUGGAAUAAUCGUAGAACCUGCUUCUCGCAAAAUUGCUCGAAGGGAAGUUCAGAAGGUAUUUGAUGAACUUGGAAAAUACUUUGGCGAUGGGAUAUUUUCCAAUAAUUUCAGAAAGUCUGGAAGUUAUUCAACGGACACUAAAGUUUUGCACGCAGAUGAGUUCGACUUCGAUGUACCCUUGAGGUUCUGCUUGGAGAAGUUGCAUUUAAACCGAGAAGGAAAGAAAGUCUUUUAUCAUUUUACCCAAAGACAGAAGACGCUUAACUUGAAUGUCCCUAUGAAGGUAGUUGACACGAGAAGUUGGGAGGGAAUUCCCCAGGGUUAUGUGGAAGUUGUAACUGAAGAUGGCGAAAAAAUUGUGCCUAGAAUCAUCCAAGAAGAACUUUAUACAAAUUUACUAUGUGCUAUAAAAAAUGUAGAUGGUAUUGUAGAUGUUCUUAAAGAACCUAAAGGUCCAGCGCUGACAGUUAAAAUAAAGAAACCUGGCCUUCCUCACAUAACGGUUGAUCUGUCAGCAUCUAUCUCCACAAAUCAAGUUACACUAAGUGAUUAUAAAUGGCCAAGGGAAAAAACUAAAAUUGGUUUAACAAAGAAAUUAAUUAAAUCUAUUAAUGAUGCUGGGCUCCAUCUCAUUCCAAAGAAUCCGAAGUUUUGGUACAUUUCUGUUUCCAGAACUGGACAGGCACUAAUGAACGGUAUAGAUUCUAACGAUAAUGGCUGCAGAAAAAAAUGCCAUAAACUUUUAAAAGCUGAUUUCCAGACUUGGUUAGGAAGAUCCAGUAAUAAUUUACCAGGAAUAUCGACAAUGAUUUUUAAGCAUCAGCUCUUUUGGUUCAACGAGGACAAUCCUAAACUAGACUGGUCUCCCACAAAGACUGCAGAACGCUACUUAGACAUGUUGGAAGAUUUGGGCAAACGAUUAAGAAGUGGAAUUUUAUACAACUAUUUUAAAGAUUACGAAAAUAUUCUCCAGGAUAGAGAUCUUCAGGUGUUGAAUCAAUUAGCCAAUUUGGUUGAUGCGAGAAGACAAGAACUUGCAAUGAUGGGUUAAGGGAUUUGAAAGCAUUCACAUCAUAAAUAAGCAGUUGCUUCUAUUGGAAGAUUAUAACCAUGUUUUAUUUACGAUCAAUCAAUGGAAAAAUAUUUGACUGUUUAUCGGGCCUGCAUUUUCAUAAAUUUCGGGAUGUAUUUGUGUCUGUUUGUUAGGAGGACGAAUAAAGUUGAAGCGUGCUUACUUGUCAUUGUGAUAUCACAAUUUCGACCAACAACAACAAAUACGUUAUACGGAAGACUUUUUAAAGAUUGUCUGGUUUUGGUCAACAAAAGAACUGCAAAUCUUAUUUUCACUACAUUAAUGAAUCUUCCACUCUGAUUAAUUUAAAAUCUUAGCUGAAAUUAGCCAUCAGUUUUUUAUCGAUGAAAACUUCGGGAGGCAACGAAAAGCACAUUUUUCCAUUUAGUAACUAUACUUAAUGUUCCACUUAGUGGAAUAACAGACGUUGAAAUAGAUUUUCAAGAAAUAGCAUUUGUAAUGUUAAAUGGUUGUACUAUCUAUGUAAUUUUUAAUAUCCUAGUCGUUGGCGCGUGGAAAAAUCCACGGGUUCGCCCGUCGCAGCUAAGCUACCAUUUUUCGUGACAGACGGACGGACGGACAGACCUAUACGGGCAUUAUAAUAUAGAUUCUGAAUGCUUUAAAUGUUUAUUUAAUUUUAUUAUAGUUUCUAUAAAUGUAUAUAUGAGGUGUGCAAAAGGCGUUCGUAUUUUUUAUUAUUUUUAGGGGAAAAACGAAUUAGCUUUGAAUUCGCGCAUAAAUGCUUUUUCUCAUAAAAAUUUUUACCUGGUCAAAGUUUAAUUUUGCACACAUUUUAUAUGUAAUUUAUCACAACAAAAUAAAAUUGCAUAUGCUUGCUAAAAUAAAAAUACUUUGUUUUCAUUACUACUUUAUAAGAAAGACAGGCCUUCCAAGAGUGCUAAACACGAAUUGCUUGUUAAAGAAUGUAGCUAAUACAAAAACGUUUCGUCCAUUUCGUCGAGUUAUGAUUUCUCAAAUUUAUAAAAGUACAUCACAUUUUAUACAAACUUAAAAUUUAUAAGCCUAUUUUUUCACCAGAAAGGUAAAAAUAUCUUAGUUGAUGUAAAAAGAAUAAACUUAACGCAAUACGUA